ACGAUAUCAUUUCAGAAGCGAUCGACACUUUCCUUCCCAAUCGCUAAUUUCAAACUGGUGUCGAAAUUUUGCAAGUAACUUCUGGGCAUGUUUCUAUGGCGCUCAAAAGACGCCCCCGAUACGAAGACACCGGAGCAAGAAAAUGUAGAAAAAUGUUUCAUGCCAAGGUGGAACACGAAUAUGCGAAGCUACGGACCAUCUCACGCUUACGCGACAGUGCAGACAGGGAAAGAUUUAGUUUGGAUAAACGAGGAGACGUGAUGGGAGUAGAAGCACCUCAAAAUCAAGAAAAGUUCCAUGAAGGAUCACCAGCUGCAGGUGAUAUUAAUGGGGACAUCAAUGAGCAAAUCAGUGAUACAUUCGGGGAGCGCUCACAUAGCAGUAGCAUAAGAGAGGAGGGUGAAGAGUCGCAUACUAGCAACGUAAGAGAAGAGGAUGAGGAGUUGUCUCUAAACGACCGAAUACUCUGUUACGCUUUGUAUGUGCAACAUUGCGGUUUUUCGAUGGAAGAAGUGAGAAUGAUGGAGAAAAUAUGGGGGAUCAUCUAUGGGAAACCUCCUCCCUUUACAUAUCAAGACACAGUGGUAGCAAUGGAAAAAAAGAUUUUGGCCGAGACCAUUGUGCCUUGCAUGCAGCCUUGGAGGGAAGAAUGUUAUGCGCCCUUUACAUGCGCCGAAAGGCCGCUGACUUGUCCAUUUUGUUGCUUAGAAAUUAUUGUUUAUAAACUAGCAGAAUUUCUUGAUCAUAUGAAAGUGAAGCACAUGGAUAAAGCACGGAAAGUGUGCUAUCGGUAUCUGCAUCAGUUCUUUCCACAGUCAAAGAUCUUCUCCGAACCUAUAUCGAGUUCGACUGAAAGCACAGAAGAAGAAGAAGUCGUUGUACCACCUAUUCUUCAGGUCCUGCCUCAACUUUCGCAGAAUCGUUGCCAUACUAAGUUGUGGGGUCCUGGCAAGGAAACAUGAGCGAAGAGUACAGUGCAGUGUUAUUUUGAGCAUUUAACUUCUUCUUUGUUGAGCAAACAACAAUUUGACUAUGAAAGGGUAGAGAUUGUACAUUACUGGUCAUGUCACUUUACCAUGUCCAUGCGGGAAGAGGUUUGAGGUGUUCUGCU